ACCUUGAGUAAGUGAGGGUGACGUCCCUUAGUGUUCAUUUGCUUCUAAACAAAUACAAUGGCGUAUUGGUUCCACCGGAAUCCGUUGAAAGCGACUACGCCUGUAACAUUUGAGUUACAUGGCGUGUCUACUAAUGAUGUCACAAGGAAGAUAUUCAGUGAUUUGCGAACAAAUCGGAAUAAGCUUCUUGAACACCUGACUGACCCUAACCACACAGUGGAAACCAUGGAAAAAACAGCAAAUGAAUACUUUUCUCUUCUUCAAGGUCUGUACAUGGAGAUUGAUUCAAAGGAGCCAGAAAAUAAGCUACGGAAAGUGUUGGCAUUCAGGUGGACAAACACACUGCUCGGGAAUAAUGCUGUGGAGGCACGGGAUGCUGUGUUUGAACAUGUUUCCAUGGCAAUCAAUGUUGCACUGUGGUAUACAAAACAUGCGGCAAAGCUGGCUGCAAAGGAUGAGCCUGACAUGGAAGAAGCAAAGGCAGUUCACAGGUGUCUUCGAACAGCAGCAGGAAUUUUUAAGUUUGUGAAAGAGACUUUAGUGCCAAAAUUGAUUGAUUCUUUUGAGAGUGGCACAGACACAGACACACGAGUGCUAGAUGCUUACAUCAAGCAGUGCACUGCAGAAGCUCAGGAAGUCACUUUGGCUAGAGCAGUUGAGCUGAAGCAUGCCAGUGGACUUGUUGCUGCCCUUGCUUAUGAGACAUCACAGAUUUACACCGAUGCAGACACUGCUCUUUCAAGCCUGGAUGAAAAAGUGGUUGGCAAGUGGCGAAAGUAUUUUCAGCUCAAGUCCAGCUUGUAUCUUGCUUGUGCACAUAGCUACAAUGGUGAGACAUUGUUGGCACAAGACAAAUGUGGUGAGGCCAUCCGUGGCUUGCAGGAGGGUGUUAAAAUGUAUGAGAAGGCUGAGCUCUUGUGUAAGGAAUAUGCCGUCAGCAAAGGUGCAGGCACGACAGCUCGGCCUCAGAAUCAUCUGUUCUUUCGUAAGCUGGGGCCAGUUAUCAGGAGGACACUGGAGAAAUGUGAGCGAGAGAAUGGAUUGAUUUAUCAUCAAAAGGUGGCAUAUGACCCACCUCACCUAGAACUUAAGGCUACCUAUGGUCUGGUCAGUCCCGAGGAGUAUAAGAACCCUUCUCUGAACUCUGUCUGGAUAGCAGAAGUGUAUAACAAGUUUGACACUAGUCGUCUUCCACAACCAGAGAAGAAGAAAGCAGACGACAAGCCUCCCACCCUUGCACCAGUGAAGGAAAAGGAGACACCCAUGUCGGACAAGGAUCCCCAAACAUUCAGUGGCUGCAUUGUAUCUUAAUCAUCAUAUUUAAACAUUCAGUGGCUGUAUUGUAUUUCAUCCAUCGCCGUGCCAUGUUAAGAUUUGCUCUGAGCAAAGUCUUCUACUGUGAUCAAGUGGCUGAGAUGAAAGGUCCCAUGUUGACAGCGGGAGCUAGACGUACAAGACAUUUAGAGCUGUAUCCAAAAUAGAACUGCAGGUCAAUUUUUGGGUCCAUUAUUUACUGAACUUUGUUUUAGCUGUACAGAUAGAUAGAUGUCAAGUUUAGUUAGUGACGAUCAUAAAGCUGUGCUGGUUGA